AGGGCAUCGCAGGGGCGACCGCAUGUCAGGGCUGGACCUGCAGCCCCGGGCGCCAGCAACCCGCAGCGUCAUCGGCCAGGUGUGGCCUCCGGACGCAGCGGGCCCCACGUGCGCUCGAAGUGCGGCUUGGGGCGCGGCCAGUUCCGUAAAUCGGAGCCCUCAGGAAGAAACAGGAACGACCGUGGCAGCGGCCUCUACCACCCAGCAGAGGACCCUCGUGGUCAGCAGGCUGCUCAGCCAGACCCGGUGGAGACGCCGGGAGCGGCCGCUAGUCUACCAACCACGCGACCAGUAGCUCUUGGGGACCGGCCAAUGAGCGCGGUGGUCAGGCUCGUCCGCUGGGCCCCCCGGGCCGGCGGGCGUGCGUCAUCGGGGGCGGGGCUCCAGGCUGGCGCGCGCGCGGUGGGUCACGUGGGCCGCGCGCCGGUUAUAAGGAGGGGCGGCGGCGGGUGCCGUCAGAGUGAUGGCUGCCGGCGCGCGCUGCGUCUUCCUUCUGCUCCGCUGUUGAGGCGCCGCGCUGCUCCCUGGAGAUCCCUGCCCCGCCUGUCCACCGAGUGCUCACCGCCUGGACCUCUCCGUCCCUGCGCGGCCCUCGUCUCCUGUGGAUGAGUCCGCGUCCCCGCGCGACCCUGUCAUGGCCUUCCGCGCCGCGCCGCUAGUUCCCCGGAGCCCGAGGUGCCCCGGACCGCAGAUGCCCGCGCGCAGCGUAUAGCAGUGAGCACCGUGUCUGCCGCAGUUUACGUUUACAGUAUUUAAUUUUAUAUAAUAUAUAUUAUUUAUUAGAGCGUCCGUGAUACCUCAUACUCUCAUUCUGUUUACACGCCUGAAAGCCGCGCAGUAGUUCUUGUUAGUUAAGGCGGCUGCUCUGAGGAUGGCUUCCACCGCGGCCACGCUGGUGGCCAGCACUGUGGCCACGGCCGCUGGCCCGCUGGCGAUCAGCACUGUGGCCACGGCCGCUGGCCCGCUGGUGGACUACCUGUGGAUGCUGAUCCUGGGCUUCAUCAUCGCCUUCGUGCUGGCCUUCUCCGUGGGCGCCAAUGACGUAGCGAACUCGUUUGGCACGGCCGUGGGCUCGGGGGUGGUGACCCUGAAGCAGGCCUGCAUCCUGGCUAGCAUCUUUGAGACGGUGGGCUCUGUCUUGCUGGGGGCCAAAGUGAGCGAGACCAUCAGGAAGGGCCUGAUCGAUGUGGAGAUGUACAACUCGACCCAGGAGCUGCUGAUGGCGGGCUCGGUCAGUGCCAUGUUCGGUUCUGCUGUGUGGCAACUAGCGGCUUCGUUUUUGAAGCUUCCCAUUUCUGGAACCCAUUGUAUUGUUGGUGCGACCAUUGGCUUCUCCCUUGUGGCAAAGGGACAGGAGGGUGUCAAGUGGUCUGAACUGAUAAAAAUUGUGAUGUCUUGGUUCAUCUCUCCGCUGCUUUCUGGUAUCAUGUCUGGAGUUUUAUUCUUCCUUGUUCGGGCAUUCAUCCUCCGGAAGGCAGAUCCAGUUCCUAAUGGUCUGCGAGCUUUGCCAGUAUUCUAUGCCUGCACGGUCGGAGUAAACCUGUUUUCCAUCAUGUAUAGUGGAGCACCUUUGCUGGGCUUUGACAGACUUCCUGUGUGGGGCACCGUCCUCAUCUCGGUGGGAUGUGCGCUUCUCUGUGCCCUUAUCGUCUGGUUCUUUGUAUGUCCCAGGAUGAAGAGGAAAAUCGAACGAGAAAUAAAGUGUAGUCCUUCGGAAAGCCCCUUGAUGGAAAAAAAGAAUAGCUUGAAAGAAGACCACGAAGAAGCCAAGGUGUCUCUUGGGGACGUGGAAACCAGGAGUCCUGCUCCCGAGGUGGGGCCGGCCACCGUGCCCCUGCGGGCUGUGCUGGAGGAGAGGACGGUGUCCUUCAAGCUGGGGGACUUGGAGGAGGUGCCAGAGCGGCCGCGGCUUCCUAGCGUGGACCUGAAGGAGGACAGCAGCCUGGACGGGGCCGGGAAUGGUGUGGCGCGGCUGCCCGGCGGGGACCUUGUGCAGCUCAGCCAGGCCGUCAGCAGCCAGAUGAGCUGCGGCCACCAGCAGUACCACACCGUGCACAAAGACUCCGGCCUGUACAAGGAGCUGCUGCACAAGCUGCACCUCGCCAAGGUGGGGGACUGCAUGGGGGACUCGGGGGACAAGCCCCUGAGGCGCAACAACAGCUACACGUCCUACACCAUGGCCAUCUGCGGCAUGCCCCUGGACUCGUUCCGCGCCAGGGACGCCGAGCCCAGAGCUGACGAGGUGGAGAAGCUGACGUGGCCGAGCGCCGACGGCAGGAAGCGAGUCCGCAUGGACAGCUACACCAGCUACUGCAACGCCGUGUCCGACACCCGCUCGGCCUCUGAUGUGGACGUGAGCACCAAGGCCGAGAUGGGUCUGGGCGACAGGAAAGGGAGCGGCAGCUCUCUGGAGGAGUGGAGUGACCAGGACAGGCCGCAGGUGUCCCUCCUUUUCCAGUUCCUGCAGAUCCUCACGGCCUGCUUCGGCUCGUUCGCCCACGGUGGCAAUGACGUCAGCAACGCCAUCGGCCCUCUGGUUGCGCUGUAUUUGGUUUAUGACACGGGAGAUGUGUCUCCAAAGGUCGCCAUCCCGAUCUGGCUCCUGCUGUACGGUGGCAUCGGCAUCUGUAUUGGCCUGUGGGUCUGGGGCCGGAGAGUCAUCCAGACCAUGGGCAAGGACCUGACGCCCAUCACGCCCUCCAGCGGCUUCAGUAUCGAACUGGCAUCUGCCCUCACUGUGGUAAUUGCAUCAAAUAUCGGCCUGCCCAUCAGCACGACGCAUUGUAAAGUGGGCUCUGUCGUGUCCGUUGGCUGGCUCCGGUCCAAAAAGGCUGUUGACUGGCGACUCUUCCGCAACAUUUUCAUGGCCUGGUUUGUCACGGUCCCCAUUUCUGGCAUAAUCAGCGCUGCUAUCAUGGCACUCUUCAAGUUUGCCAUCCUGCGGGCAUGAAGCGGAGGCGGGGACCAUGUGGUUGUUUGGGCUGCCCUCUGCAGGGUGUGAGUGUCACAAAGGCCCACAGUCCCCUGCGUUCGGGAGCUGUGGGAGGAAGUGCUUCUUGAGCUGCAGUUGCUUCUGUGCUAAACCUGACUUGUCUCCAAUUAGCUAUUUCAAUAGCCAGGUUCCCACUGGUUCCUAUUGGCCGUGACUUCUGCACAUCUCCACUUUCUGUACCCAGCUUCAAUUCCAUUAUGUAUAUGUUGUCUCUGAUGAUAACUCGUGAUCUUUAAACACCAUUCAGAGCCAUUUGACAGACAGAGUGCUCUGCCUGGCGGUGUCACCAGCUUCUGCCUGCGCACGCACAGGAGUUAAUAACUGAAGGGCACCUGAAGCUCCCUGGGCCCUAGAGAGGCGGUCCUGUGUGCCCUGUGUCUGGUCGGCGCUGCUCGUGGGACCUGGGGGUGAGGCUCGGGCACUGACAGCUGACUUGGUGACGUCUUUGCGAGCGUCUUCCUGACUGACUGCUACGGAGAAGCAGAAAGAAGGCCUGUGCAGCCGCAUUGGUUUCAAUUUUUGGCUGUGGGUGGAUGAACGAGGGAGGUGGGGUGUGAACUUUGGGCAAGGUCGGUGGGCAGCCU